CAGUAAUGCUUCUCCUCCGUGUCCGAGGAUUGUUGGUGGUCUGUGUCUGGUGGAGCUGUGUGAGCUCUUCCCAGCUCGGACCAGAGAAUUGCACUGCAACUGUAGCAAUCAAUCAACACUGUCAAAUACAGUCACUGUCUACGUUCCCUCUGGAACUGCGUGUUUUGAGUGCAUCAUUGACGGAGUGAUAGCUACUGAUGCCACGUUCCUGAUAGGCAACUCAGCCAGUCAGUGAGGGAUCAGUGGUGAAUGGUACACUAGUAGUGUCUGACACUGAGAGUGUCUUCAGUACACCCGCUAAAGUACAAUGUGGCAGUGGUGGUGAAAUAACUCAUGCAGCAUUUGUUGAGCACACGAUUUUCAGAGCUCCCCUGAUCACGGGAGAUACUACAGUCAAUGAAGGAGAUACACUACAUCUGGUGUGUGACUCACCAACUCAAGACCACUACCUCUUGUCCAUUGGCUCUCUCCUGAUGGGAACUUCCUUGUUUACGGUUCAGCCCUUGUGAUCAUUAACAUCACUAGGGACAUGGCAGGGACCUAUACUUGUGUAGCCAACCAGUUUACACUCACCAUGAACAGCUCUGUGGAGAUCAUAGUCCACUUCGCCUGUGAUGUGCUAAUGUCAACUGACAUGAUCAUAGUCAACAUGAGCUCCACUGCAGUGGGCAGUACUGCUACCUAUCAGUGUAGAGAUAGUCCCACUGAUGUGUACACUACUCAGUGUACCAGUACUGGAGUAUGGCACCCUCACCCUGACUGCACAUCGAAAGAAACGGGACAAACGUCUACUCUUCAACCAUGUCAAAUUGGGGUAAUAAUUCUCUCUCUCAUUGUCUUGGUUCAAACUGGUCUGUUAGUCGGAGCACUUGUGAAAAUAGUUCUUCUUACAAAGAAAGGAUCAGAGCAGAAGACAAGAGAAGAGAGGUUGGAGAUGGAUGUCAAUGUAGCUUAUGGAACUCCUAAAGAGAUCAUGGCACUCAGAACCAGCAACAGUGAUUAGGAAACGAAGUUAGCUAGCCUUACACAGUACGGAAUCCUUUAGAUGACAUAACAUAACAUAACAUCAGAGCGUCGGUAGACGCUCUAUAUCAGAGCGUCGGUA